AAAAGUUGGAAUUUCAAAAUAUCAAAACCAGAAUCAGUAGCCACAUUCUCACUGAAAAUGGAACCUCCCUCUCUCACACUGCGAAUCCUCCAAGGUCCUCCCCAUUGCAAAGGACAAACCCACAACUUCAAACCCGGAUCCGCAAUCCGAAUCGGCCGGGUCAUCCGCGGCAACACCCUCCCCAUCAAGGACCCUGGCAUUUCCUCAAAGCACCUCAACAUCCUAACCGAAUCGGGUCAAUGGGUGCUCCGAGACCUCGACACCUCAAACGGCACCGUUUUGAACGGCUCCAAUGUCCUUCCGCAAACCCCUUUCCCUCUUCACGAUGGCUCCACCAUCAAGAUCGGAGAACUCACCUCCAUCCUCGUCAACCUCCUCCACCCGAUCCCAACCGAACCCGUCACCGUUCCCGAGGCUGAGGGCUCUGAACCACCCGUUGCCAAACCGGGUCGAGGUAGAAGAGGUAAGGGUUUGAAGGGGAAGGUUGCGAUUCACGAGAACGCGAGCGUUGACGUUGGCGAUGAAUCUGGGUUUGUGGGUCGACCCGAGAGCAACCGGGUUACCCGGAAUACGAAGAAUAACCGCAGUGUGGUUGGGGUUUCUGGUUCGAGUGUUGCUGGGGAUUUGGGUGCUGCGGAAGAGAAGGUUGCAGAACCGAAGAACACGCGGUCGAGGGCAGCGCUGGGUUCGAAGAAUAAGAGGAGCGUGAUUGAGAUAGUGGAUUUGAGUUCUGGGAAUUCGGAUGAUGCUCCGGAAGAGAAGGUGGAAGAACAGAAGAAUUCAAGGGUGACCCGAAAUUUGAAGGAAUCUGAAGCUUCAAGCUUGCAGAUUGGGGUAGUAGAACCGAGAAUUACAAGGGUGACCCGGAAUUUGAAGAACAAGCAGAGUGUGAUUGGGGUUGGGGAUAGUGUUCAAGCUUCAAGUUUGCAGGUUGGAGUGGAGAAUGUUGAGAAGAAGAAAACGAGGGGCGGUGGCAGGAGGAAGAAAUUGCCUGAAGAGUGCACUGAUGGUGGUGGGAAAGAGACAGAAAAGGAGAAUUUGAAUGGUGAUGGGAAAGAGACUUGUGAUGGGAGAGAAAAGGAGAAUUUGAAUGGUGAUGAUAAUUUGCCUGAUUUAGAGAAGUUGAGUCUGGGUGAGUGGUUUGAUUUCUUGGAAGUUCAUUUGCCAAAACAGAUAGUUGAUGCAACUGAAGAGAUGUUUGGUUCAAUGAGACAGAAAGCUGAGAGACUCAGAGAGUACAUCAUAAUGCAAAAGAUUCAAGAGGUUACAGUGCCUGUGGAGUAGACUACAUUCUUAUUGUCUUUGCUUUUAUUGUUCAUCCUUUUCAACUAUAUUAGUUCCCUGUUUGUUUGUAAGUAUAUUAACAUAGAGUAUGGUCUAGAACUCUAGAUAAAUUUAACUUCCUAUUGUGAAAUCUGUCUAAAUCUCAGGUGGGUUUUGUUUCUGUUCCUCUAAAAUCUAAGGAACCAUGGAUUAUGAAAAUCCAUGGUGUCAUGAAUUGAAUUGCUAGUUCAGUGACAAACAAAUGUUAUGUUUCUGUUCUGCCUCACUCAACUUACUAUUUAAUGUUUAGUGAUAAGUGAAGGUGAAGAUUACCACUGUUUUAUGUAUACGCUCGAGGUUUAUUUGGAUUUUUCAUUGUUACUAACUAUUGUUGUAAACUAUGAUCACAUCUACAGCUUAAGAGUACUUUGGAUGUAUUAGAUACCUGACAUAUUACUUAAUGCAAGUUGGAUCAUUGGCAGAUUACUUAAUGCUACAGAAAAUUAUUAGGAAGGUCAAUAUGGAAUGAAUCUGAUUAAUAACUACUGCAGCAUUUCAUAUCUGAAUUGACUCAUCGACACUUAAGUCUACACAUAGUUCGUUGUUUGUAUUAAUGCAAAUUCCUGCAAAAAAAAAGUAGAUAUUUGCAGAUUGGCAGCUUGGCAGCUUGGCAAAACAUAUAAAGACACUAGAAUCAUCUAUAAUAGUGUUAUUGAAGGUUUUAGAGGUGGAAGCAUGGCUCUUCAUUUUUGUUCUCAUCUGGUGUUUCUUCCAUUCCUCGCUGUUGAUCCCCUUGCAUUCAUGUACAGCUUUGAGGACAUACCCUGAUUUAUUAUAGUUUGCAACUGGAGAUGGCUUUUUACCACAGAAUUUGUUUAGACAGUAUGGAUGGUUCUUCUUCAUGGCACAUUUGUAAUGCUUCCUUCAUUUAUCUUUGUUAUUCAUCAUUCAGACUAUGUAUCAACUCUGUGCCACUCUCUUUGACUCUGUUUCAUUGCCAAGUUCACUUCCUUCAUUUAUCUAUGUUAUCCAUCAUUCAGACUAUAAGGAAUUUUGAAUCACUUAUUCAUUAUGUGUUUUUUUUUUCUGGUUAUUUGAAUCACUUAUUCAUGUAUCUUUGUUCUCUCUUAACCUUUUUUUUCUGGUUUCCUCCAGCUGUUUAUUGUCCUUUUCUCAUAUUUCUAUCAUACUAAUAGAGUAAUAUUUGUUCUACUAUUUUUCUCACAAUGUCUCAUCUCAUUUUCGCUCUCAAACCAAACACAUCCUACAAGUGAAAAUGAUGCACAAAUGACAAAGAUGAAUGAGAGCCGUGCACUGAUUGUGGAGAGGAAUAAGGGGAAAGGACAGAAAAAACAGUUGAAGAAUGGCUAUCAAUCAUACAUGACCUGUGAAUUUCUCUAUCAAAUCAUAUCACUUUCCUGCGAAGGUUGUCAACAUAGGGUCUGAUCUGGUCUUCUAUUUCUUAUUAAUUAAUGCCGUUCGGUUAGGGAAGGUUCCUGCCUAGUGCCUACUGUACUUAACUCA